GAGCUUCCGGUAAGACCCGAGAAGCCGGUAGGGAAGAGAUUCCCAUAGCCGGAAGGAAUCUUGGAGGUCGUCUUGUCCGGCCCCCUCUCAGGUUUUUUUUUUUUUUUUUAACUGAUGGGGAAGGUGAAGCUUGGAGAGGUUAAGUGACUUGCCCCAAGGCCACGCAGUUAGUAAAUGUAGGAGACGGAUUUGCAACUUUGGCCAUCCCAACACUCCAAGUCCAGCGCUUUCCUAGACGCUCCGGCGCUUCUCAAGGACCUUCCGUCCCGAGGCUAGGGCCCCCGAGCUGGGGGGGACGCGAAGUACCAAGAACUGGGAUGGAGAGACCCCAGAAGACUUAUUUGAGAAGAGCAUGGGAGGCCCUAGUGCCUUUCCCAAGGGUCCUUGCUGAGGAAAGCACCAUUGCAGCUGACUCAAGCCGCUCUUAUGAGAAGACUCUACCGUCUCACGUUAAGGGUCCGUUUUAUCCUGAGUCAGGAUGGGAUCGCCUCAAGGAGCUCUUUGUCAGAGAUGAGCGCCUGCCAGUCCCAGAGGAAAUUGAUUAUAUUUACAAAUCAGCAGCUUCAGGGGCAAUCGUUGGUUGGAUAUAUGGGGGCAUACCUGCUUUUUAUCAUGCCAAACAACGUUAUAUUUCUCAGAGCCAUGCAGAGAUUUAUUACAAUCGGUUUGAUGCUGUGCAAUCUGCCCAUAGAGCCGCCAUUCGAGGAUUCAUCCGGUAUGGCUGGCGAUGGAGUUGGAGAACAGCCGUCUUUGUGACUCUGUUUAACACAGUGAGCACUGGUCUGAAUGUGUACCGAAAUAAAAAUGCCAUGAGCCAUUUUGUUGUUGCAGGAGCUGCUACAGGAAGUCUUUUCAGAAUACACCUGGGUUUGAGUAGUCUGGUGGCUGGUGGUAUAAUUGGAGCCAUUCUGGGUGCUCCUUUUGGAAUCACACUCAUGGCCAUACAGAAGUUUCAAGGGGAAACUGUUUGGGACAGAAAACAGAAGAAGCGAAAAGAGCUAUAUGAGUCAAAGCUGAAUGAGUGGAAGGCCAGGCUGCAUGUUACUGAUGCUGUCACUGAAGAAUUCCAAAGCAGUUUAGGGAAAAAUCAAUCAGAUAGAGACGCAGAGAGAAUUGAAGAGCUGUUAAAUCUUCCUAGAAACCCUUCUUCAACAACAGAUAGUAAAGAUGAGGACUAGUUUGAUUCAUGAUAUAGGAGACAUUUAAUGAGAUGUUUUGUUUUUUUAAAUAGAACUGGAUGAACUCCUCCCUGUGUCCCUAAAGUUUUAAUUAUGAACGUCGUCUUUGUGUUGGACUAUUGCAUAAAGUAAACACUGACUUAUGAAGUGCCUGUUAAUGGCUGGUGCUGGGCAGACUCACCAAGAAUUGGGCUGCUGGAGAUUGUAUCUGUUUUCUUCCUCUAAAUCUGAGAAUGAGUUUAUUUAGUCUUUUUUUUUUUCCAAAUGGGAGAAAAUGUUCCCCCAGAGACUUCCUUGGGUAAUAGAGUUUUAUUUCUUUGUUCAUGUAAUACCAUUCUUCUAAAAGGGAGGGGUGGGAAGAAGGCACCUAAAGAAGGAUGUGGAACACACACGGGAAAUCAUUGUGCCAUCAAUCACCUCAAAAUGAGUACAGAUCUGAAUAGGUGGUUUUUUUUUUUAAUUAAAAAAUGGGUUCACUUAAAUAUAUGGUUGACUAAUGUGUUUUGCGUAACUAAUUUAAGAUACAAAUUAAAUAUAUUUUAAAGAUGCAAAUCUAAACUGUAAAACCAGUUUAACAAAAGCCCCUACUAGUAACAUCAGUAACAUAAGAUACAUUUAACAAACAUUAAACCUGUUAGCACAAAACACUGUGCUAGGUACUAGGGUUAUGAAGAUAAAAAUGAAAUACUCUUGCACCCAAGGAGCUUACUGUGAAGAGACAACAUGGGUAUGAGGGUAUUUAGUACAAUGAAAGUUAAAGGGUGGAGAGGAAUUAGGAGAGACCUCACAGCUGCACCUGAGCUGAGCCUUGAAGGAAGCAAAGGAAUCUGAGAGAUGAGAUGAGAGCACAAUCCAGCCACGGUAAUGGUAUGUGCCAUUACCUGAGAGAAAUGAGUACUCUUGGCUGGAAUAUGGAGUUCAUGUAGGAGAGUAGUAUGAAAUAAGACUGGAAGGUAGGUGAGUGCCAGAUUGUGGAGGAUGUUAAAUGACAAAACAUCUAUUAGGUGCUUAAUUAAGUGUUGCAAGAAUUAUGCUAAUCUCUGGGGAUACAAAUGCAAAAGUAGAAUCCCUGACUCAAAAAGCUUAUUAAUGCUAAUACACUUCUAGGGGAUUGGUGGCGAGUGAAAGGUGUCGUUUGGGAAGUAACAGAGAUGAUGAGUAGAACUAUGAGAUAGUCAAUUGCCGUGCCCUUUCUAGAGUUGGUUUUAAUAAAGUUCCCAGAGCAGAAAGUGGAAAGCAGAGAAUGAGGAGGGAUGUACCCGCACAGUAGCUGGUCAGAAAAAUAGGGGUGAGAUCAAUCAAAUAUUAGGCACCUACUGUGUACCUUGGUACUAUACCAGGGAUAUAGAGACAAAAAUGAAACCGUCCUCUCAAAGAGCUUACAUUUUAUCAGAGGAGAGAUCAUAUAAGAAUAUAUACCAAAGAAAUACAUGUAGAAUAAAUGCAGGAUGAAUAUGAAGUAAUUAAAUACAAGGUAGGGAAGGAGGACACAUAACUGAGAGGAUCAGAAAAGUCUAUUUGAAGGUGAUAGUUCAAUUGUGUCUUUAAGGGAGGGAGGAAAGUAACUUGAAAACUAUCUUUACAUGUAAUUGGGAAAAAUUAUUCGGUGGGAGAAAAAAGGAAAGGAGGAAUUCAAUGAAACAGCAGUGAAGAAAGGUUACAGGGAGAUGAGAGAUAAAGGAACUAGCUUUGGGGGUGAUAAAUCAGCAAAGGAAAGUAAGUGGUCAGACAGGUAAAAGAACCAGGAGAACCCAAAGAGGGAGACUUAUAAGGAGACCGUGGUUGGCGUUGUCAGAUCAAGCAACGAAGUCAAGAAGGAUGAGGUAUGAAAAAAAAGAUGAUCCGAUUUGACAACUGAGAGCCCAUUGGUAACUUGAGAGGACAGUUUCAGUUGAGUGAUGUGGUUGAAAGCCAGAUCACAAGGGGUUAGCGAGAGGAGAGGAAAUAGAAACAAGUAUAGCCUACUUAAUAGGAGAUUAACUGAGAAAGGAAGGAGAAAUAGAGGAUGAAAGCUUGAAGGGGGUGGGGUUAUCUGGUGAAGGAUGAGGGAGAAUUGAGCAUGUUUGAAAUCAAUAGGUAGAAAGAAAUUGAAGAUUAACAAGGAGGGAGAUAGUUGAGGAGGCAGUCUGUGGAAGAAUGUGGAAGGGAAUAGGAUCAAGAUUUCACAUGUGGGAGGUUUGACAUUGGCAAGGAGGCUCACCACAUUACCAGAAUGUAGUAAAGGAGGAGAGACAGGGAGGAUGUCAGUAGGUUUUGAGAUGAAGAGGAGAGAAAAGGGAGCCCAUGUGCUUCAAUUUCCUCGAAGUAAGAGAUGACAACAUGUUCAGGUCUGUGACCUGCUGGAUCCACUAGUCUCAACACAACCAGGCUUAUGGAAUUUGUUUUUUAUCCUAUAGUCAACUGGGAGUCAUUGAAGGUUUCUUAGUAGGGGAAUGUCAAGGUCAUGGCUGUGCUACAGGAAGAUUAGUUUGGCAACUGGAUUAGAAAAGGGAGAGACUAGAAGUAGACCAGUAAGGUGACUAGAGUCUGAACUUGGCUGGUGGUGUGUGAAUGGAGAGAAGGAUUUGGGGUCUAACCAAGAUCAAACUUGGCCUCCAAGGUCUCUUCAAGUUCUCAAUCUAGGAUCCUAAGAGACUAUCUUUUCUACCUGUAUCCCUAGCACUUAGCACAGCUCUUUGCCCUUAAUAAACACUGAACAAAUCUCAUUCCUUCAUACAAGCAAGAGAUGUGGAAGUAGAAUUAACAACUUGGCAACCGAUUGGAUUAGGGAGGUGUAACUUAGAAUCUAAGCAGGGGAUCAAAGAGUACAUUCAGAAUUUUAGUUUGUAUCAAGUGAGAAUUCCACCAUCAUAAAAGCAAAAUAAGUGAGGGAAUCUUAGAAUUCUUUACUUCCUAGAACUUCAUGACUCCACUCAAGUACCACCAUCUAUGUGAAGUCUUUUCUGAUCCCUUCCUCCUUAAAUUACCUUGUAUUUGUUCUCUAUCUACCAAUAUGUACAUAUGACUUUUAAGACAUGUAAGCUCUAUAUGGUUUUUGGUCCUUGUAUCCCCAUUGCCUAGCACAUGGUAAUUGCUUAAUAAAUGCUUGUUGAAUUGCU